AGCAGGGAAACGUUCACCAAAGCGGCGUUUGAGAGAUGUCAUUGCUGUGUGUCGGAGUGAAGAAAGCUAAGCUGGAUGGACCUCAAGAGAAGUUUAACACCUACGUAACGCUGAAGGUGCAGAAUGUGAAAAGCACUACGAUCGCUGUCAGAGGCAGCCAACCAUGCUGGGAGCAAGACUUCAUGUUUGAGAUCAGCAGGCUGGACCUGGGGCUGACAGUGGAGGUGUGGAACAAGGGGCUGAUAUGGGACACCAUGGUGGGCACCCUCUGGGUUCCUCUGCACAGCAUCAGACAGUCCAACGAGGAGGGGCCAGGUCAGUGGCUGACCCUGGACUCUCAGGUCAUCAUGGCGGAGAACGAGAUCUGUGGAACCAAAGACCCCACCUUCCACCGAGUGAUGCUGGACACACGCUUCGAGCUGCCGCUAGACAUCCCGGAGGAAGAGGCUAGGUACUGGGCCAAGAAACUGGAGCAACUCAACGCCAUGAGAGACCAGGACUAUGGUUUCCAGGAGCAGCAGGAGAGACCACUGCCAAUACCAGCCACACAAUGCUGUAACUGGAGCUUGUGGGGAGACCAGAACGACGACCCGGACAGUGCGGUGGACGACAGGGACAGCGACUAUCGUAGUGAGACGAGCGCCAGCAUGCCCCCCCCCUUCUACACCACCUCCCAACCCAACGCCUCCGCACACCAGUAUCCAAUCAGAGGCUCCCAAUUCGACGGCCCUUACGACGAGGACUUCGGAAACGAGCUGGAUUACGACCAGAGAGCCAUGAGACGGUAUGAUAGCAUAGACUCCGCCACCAACGAUCAGAGUGAUCUGGACUCUGGUUCGAGCCGUCACACCAGCCGCCAGUUCUCCUUAGACAGUAGGCUCUCUCUCUCUGAUAGCCCCACAGGCAGCAGUCGCUACGCGUCCUCGGGGGAGCUGAGUCGGGGAAGCUCCCAGCUGAGCGGUGCGUUCGGUCCGGACGACGGGGACAGCCUACGUGGGUCGGAGUUCUACGAGGAGAACGACUCUUACCACUCCUGCCACUCGUCUGUCAGCUACGGGAAGGGUUCCCCCAGCUGGGACCCCGAGGACGAGGGGCAGGUGGUGUACAGCGACGAGGGGGGGUACGUGAAAGACGGUGGGGAGGAGGGGGCCAUAUACGAGGGGGAGGGAGCAGUGUAUGGGGGGGUGGUGGGGGUGGAGGGGGUGGUGGUGGUGGGGGAGGAGGUGUACCGCUACGAGGAUGAAGAGGAGCUGCCGUACGAGGAGGAUGAAGACCUCUACCCUCUGGAGGGUGCCCUGAGCGAAGACCAGGAGGCCCCCUACACCCCGACCCCCCCUACAGCUCUUGCUCCGCCCGAGGGCGCCUCCGUGCGACCCCCGUUUGAGAAACAAGUGUCCCUUCACCAGCGGGUUCCUCCCCAGUCCCAAGCCCAGGACCAGCUCCCCUCCCUGGACACCAACAGCCAGGAGCAGCCUCCCCAGACCACAGCCCCCACCAUGCCCAUCUUCACCCCCAAACAACCCCCCCUCGCCAUCCCCCAGGACCAGGAGCCUGUCCCUGACACCCUGCCCCCCCCGGAUGAAAUCCUACCUGUAGAAGAGGAGGCUCCGGUCAUAGAGAGCCCCCCCACGGCCCCCCCAGAGAAGGCAGAGGAGCCCCCCCUCCACAGGAGGGAGGUGAUGGAACCUGGUCCAGCCAGGGCCAAGGCCAACUGGCUCCGACUCUGCAGCAGAGUGCGACUACAGCUGCAGGAGGCCAGAGGAGAGUCAGUGGGUAUCUGCUCUCUGCUGCUUUCAGCAGGGGUGGGAGGGGCUCUGUACAGUAUAGACAGUAUGCCAGACCUACGCAAGAGGAAGGCCAUGCCUCUGGUACGAGACCUGUCCUUGGUGCAGAACUCCAGGAAGGCAGGCAUCACAUCAGCCCUGGCCUCCAGCACUCUAAACAACGAGGAGUUGAAGAACCACGUGUACAAGAAGACCCUGCAGGCUCUCAUCUACCCCAUCUCCUGCACCACGCCCCACAACUUCGAGGUGUGGACGGCCACCACGCCCACCUACUGCUACGAGUGCGAGGGCCUGCUGUGGGGCAUCGCCCGCCAGGGCAUGCGCUGCACCGAGUGCGGCGUCAAGUGUCACGAGAAGUGCCAGGAUCUGCUCAACGCCGACUGCCUGCAGAGAGCAGCAGAGAAGAGCUCCAAGCACGGGGCGGAGGACCGCACGCUGAACAUCAUCAUGGUCCUGAAGGACCGGAUGAAGAUCCGCGAGAGGAACAAGCCGGAGAUCUUCGAGCUCAUCCAGGAAGUGUUUGCCGUCAUCAAGGCCACGCACGUCACCCACAUGAAGCAGAUCAAGCAGAGCGUUCUGGACGGGACAUCCAAGUGGUCCGCCAAGAUCAGCAUCACAGUGCUGUGUGCCCAGGGGCUCCAGGCCAAGGACAAGACGGGCUCCAGUGACCCCUACGUCACCGUCCAGGUGGGUAAGACCAAGAAGAGGACCAAGACCAUCUACGGAAACCUUAACCCCGUCUGGGAGGAGAACUUCAACUUUGAGUGUCACAACUCGUCAGACCGGAUCAAGGUUCGAGUGUGGGACGAGGACGACGACAUCAAGUCUCGCGUGAAGCAGAAGUUCAAACGGGAGUCUGAUGACUUCCUGGGUCAGACCAUCAUCGAGGUCCGCACGCUCAGCGGAGAGAUGGACGUCUGGUACAACCUGGACAAGAGGACAGACAAGUCGGCCGUGUCGGGCGCCAUCCGCAUGCACAUCAACGUGGAGAUCAAGGGGGAGGAGACUGUGGCGCCCUACCAUGUCCAAUACACCUGCCUGCACGAGAACCUGUUCCACUACGUGACAGACAUCCAGAACCCUGGUGUGGUGAAGAUCCCGGAUGCGAAGGGGGACGACGCGUGGAAGGUCUACUUUGAGGAGACGCCCCAGGAGAUCGUGGACGAGUUCGCCAUGCGCUACGGAGUCGAGUCCAUCUACCAGGCCAUGACUCACUUCGCCUGCCUGUCGUCCAAGUACAUGUGUCCAGGCGUUCCCGCGGUGAUGAGCACGCUGCUCGCCAACAUCAACGCGUACUACGCCCACACCACACAGGCUGCCAACAACGUGUCCGCCUCCGACCGCUUCGCCGCCUCCAACUUCGGCAAAGAACGUUUUGUGAAGCUUCUGGACCAGCUGCACAACUCUCUGAGGAUAGAUCUGUCCAUGUACCGGAACAACUUUCCUGCCAGCAGUCCAGAUAGACUCCAGGAUCUCAAGUCCACGGUGGAUCUUCUGACCAGCAUCACCUUCUUCAGGAUGAAGGUCCAGGAGCUGCAGUCCCCCCCCAGGGCCAGCCAGGUGGUGAAGGACUGUGUGAAGGCCUGCCUCAACUCCACCUACGAGUACAUCUUUAACAACUGUCACGAGCUCUACAGCAGAGAGUACCAGACUGACCCGGCCAAGCAGGGCGUGGUCCCCCCAGAGGAGCAGGGUCCAAGCAUCAAGAACCUGGACUUCUGGUCCAAGCUCAUCACCCUCAUCGUGUCCAUCAUCGAGGAGGACAGGAACUCCUACACACCCUGCCUCAACCAGUUCCCCCAGGAGCUGAAUGUAGGGAAGAUCAGUGCUGAGGUGAUGUGGAACCUGUUUGCUCAGGAUAUGAAGUACGCGAUGGAGGAGCAUGAGAAGAACCGGCUGUGUAAAAGUGCUGACUACAUGAACCUGCACUUCAAAGUGAAGUGGCUCUACAACGAAUACUGCAAGGACCUGCCCUUCUUCAAGAGCAGAGUACCCGAGUACCCUGCGUGGUUUGAGCCGUUCGUCAUCCAGUGGUUGGACGAGAAUGAGGAAGUGUCCAGAGACUUCCAGCAUGGCGCACUGGAGAGAGACAAAAAAGAUGGGUUCCAGGUGACGUCUGAGCAUGCUCUGUUCUCCUGCUCGGUGGUGGACGUUUUCUCCCAGCUCAACCAGAGCUUUGAGAUCAUCAGGAAGUUGGAGUGUCCAGACCCCCAGAUUGUAGGGCACUACAUGAAACGCUUCGCCAAGACGAUCAGCAACGUGCUGCUGUCCUACGCCGAUGUCAUCUCCAAGUGUUUUGCCAACUACGUUACCAUGGAGAAAGUGCCCUGCAUCCUGAUCAACAACAUCCAGCAGCUGCGAGUGCAGCUGGAGAAGAUGUUUGAGGCCAUGGGCGGAAAAAAUCUAUGUGUGGAGGCCAGUGACAUCCUGAAGGACCUUCAGGUGAAGCUGAACAACGUGAUGGAUGAUCUGAGUAGAGUGUUCGCCACCAAUUUCGCGCCCCACAUCGAGGAGUGUGUGAAGCAGAUGGGGGACAUCCUGGCGGGGGUGAAGGGGAGCACCAACGUGGGCAACGCCAGCAGCGUGGCACAGGAUGCAGACAACGUGCUGCAGCCCAUCAUGGAGUUCCUGGACAGCAACCUAUCCCUGUUUGCUAAGAUCUGUGAGAAGACUGUUCUGAAGCGAGUUCUGAAGGAACUGUGGAAACUGGUGAUGAACACCAUGGAGAAGACCAUCGUCCUGCCCCCGCUCACUGACCAGACGGGCACUCAGCUCAUCCUCAGUGCAGCCAAGGAGUUGGGACAGCUCUCCAAACUCAAGGAGCACAUGGUUCGCGAGGAGGCUAAAGCUCUGUCUCCCAAGCAGUGCGCUGUGAUCGAACUGGCUCUGGACACCAUAAAGCAAUACUUCCAUGCAGGCGGGGUGGGCCUGAAGAAGGCCUUCCUGGAGAAGAGCCCUGACCUGCUGUCUCUGCACUACGCCCUGUCCCUGUACACACAGGCCACCGACAAGCUCAUCAAGACCUUCAUCCAGUCCCAGAACCAGCAAGUCUUCGGAGGAAAGGGAGUGAGGUUCACCACUAGUGAGGAUGUGUACCCAGACAAGGGGUCUGGCGUAGAGGACGCAGUAGGCGAGGUGUCCAUCCACGUGGAGAUCUUCACCCACCCCAACACAGGGGAACACAAGGUCACUGUGAAAGUGGUGGCAGCUAACGACUUGCGCUGGCAGACUCAAGGCAUCUUCCGGCCCUUCGUGGAGGUCUACAUCAUCGGCCCCCACCUCAGCGACAAGAAGAGGAAAUACGCCACCAAGUCCAAGAACAACAGCUGGGCUCCCAAGUACAACGAGACGUUCACCUUCACCCUGAGCGCAGAGGUGGGCCCAGAGUGCUACGAGCUACAGGUCUGCGUGAAGGACUACUGCUUCGCCCGCGAGGACCGCACGGUGGGCAUGGCGGUGAUGCAGCUCAAGGACAUGGCCUCCAGGGGCAGCGUGGCAUGCUGGCUCCCGCUGGGGAAGCGCGUCCACAUGGACGAGACGGGCCUCACCGUGCUGCGCAUCCUGUCGCAACGCAACAACGACGAUGUCGCCAAGGAGUUCGUCAAGCUCAAGUCCGACCAGCGCUCCGCGGAGGAGGGGCGAAGCUAAAAGGGAGGAUGGGGUCUGUAGUCUUUCCACUCCCCCCCCCCCCCUCACACGGCGCCAACCGGAGGCGUGGAGGCGUCACUGCAGAGCCGCCACUGUCGAACAGAGCUAGGUCAAAUGCAAUGUGCUAAAUGCUGUGAGGAAAACCGAUAGGGCUGCAUUUUCCCCACCCAGGUCAGUUCCACGUACAC